UUGGUUCGUUCAGUUUCUCUCGGUGAAAACAUUACAGCAGAGGAAGUUAUUAAAGAACAUUUUAGUUCAAACUGAGACACAAACCAGCCAAACAAGCGGAGCGUUUUCCUCUCCAGGCCACCAUGAGUCAGCGGACGGAGCGGCGGGGCAUCCACGUCGACCAGUCGGACCUGCUGUGCAAAAAAGGAUGCGGUUACUAUGGCAACGCCGCAUGGCAGGGCCUGUGCUCCAAGUGCUGGCGGGAAGAGUACCAGCGGGUCCGGCAGAAGCAGAUCCAGGACGACUGGGCCUUGGCGGAAAAGUUACAGAGAGAGGAGGAGGAGGCGUACGCCAGCAGCCACGUGGCGCACGGCGCGGCUGCACCGGGUCACGCUGCGGGUCACACCGCGCUGACCCCGUUCUCAAAGUUUGAGGAGAAGAAAACCAACGAGAAAACUCGCAAAGUGACAACGGUGAAGAAGUUCUUCAGCCCUUCGUCUCGAACCGCCACUAAGAAAGAGCCUCCGGAGGGAAAGUCGGCGUCUCCGUCCAUCAGCCGCCGCGCCAGCUUCGACUCCGACCAGGUGUCCAAAGACUUCGUGGAGUUCUUGAAGAACCUUCACAAACCCGGCAGAGAGAUCCACAAGCAGUGCCGGGCCUUCCUGGUCAGCAUGUCCAGCAAGAAGGACCUGGGAGCAGACGAGCUGUCGGAGUGCGUUCAGGAUUUCUACCAGAGUUUGGCCGACCGCCUCAUGAGCCAUUUUAAAGGGUCGUCAGAGUCGGUGGAUCAGGUGAUGGACCAGGUGGAGAAAUACAUCAUGACCCGCCUGUACAAGAGCGUCUUCUGUCCAGAAACCACGGACGAUGAGAAGAAGGACCUGGCAACCCAGGACCGGAUCAGGGCGCUGCACUGGGUCACCGUCCAGAUGCUGUGUGUGUCCGUGGAGGAAGAAACGGCCGAAGUGUCAGAAAACGUGGUCAGAGCCAUAACAGACAUCAUCGAGAUGGACUCGAAGCGCGUUCCGCGGGACAAGCUGGCCUGCAUCACUCGCUGCAGCAAACACAUCUUCAGCGCCAUCAGGAUCACCAAGAACGAGCCGGCGUCCGCCGACGACUUCCUGCCGGCGCUCAUCUACAUCGUGCUGAAGGCAAACCCGCCGCGGCUGCAGUCCAACAUCCAGUACAUCACCCGCUUCUGCAACCCGAGCCGGCUGAUGACUGGAGAGGACGGAUACUACUUCACCAACCUGUGCUGCGCCGUGGCCUUCAUCGAGAAGCUGGACGCUCAGUCUCUCAACCUCUCCCAAGAUGAGUUUGAGCGCCACAUGUCGGGUCACGCCUCGCCCCGACGCAGCGGCUCAGAGGACGGACGGCCCGACGGCGGUCCCAGAGUCAGCGGUGCCGCCGGUCCGGUCCUGGCCCGGCUCAGCCACAACCUGCAGAUGCUGUCGGGUCUGAGCGCCCGGCAGGAGGCCGUGACGGCGGCAGCGCUCGGCCUGCGGGCCGACCUCCUGACCUGGACCGACGGCGUUCGGCGGGACGUCCGCCACAUCCUGGACAGGUAUCCUCUGGACACCAAGGCCUCCAAGGCUUCCGCCAUCGACGCCAACAGCGUGGACGGCGAGAACCUGCCGGCGCCGAUCAAGCCCCGCAUGUUCGUCGGCUAGAGAGGAAACUUGAAAACUUUAGAUCCGACCUCGGCGCCGAGGAGGCGGACCUGCAACUGGAAGCAACACCUGAAAACUGAUUCAGUUUCAUUGAUUUAUCAGCAGAUCGUCACACAGCUGGCGAUCAAUCCAUUUCAUUGAUUAAUCAAAUUUGGGGUUUUAAAAGAUUUAAUUUUUGGGAAAUCUAUUUUUCUUUUGCCGAUGAUCUCCUUCUGUAGAUCAGUGAUGUCAUCGCGCCCAGAUGACAUCACUGAUCCGGGGUAAACAUUUAGCACUUUGUUAAAGUCCAAUAAAGUGAAUCUGUGAAUAUUUGAUUAGUUCAAAUAUUUCUGCAUUAAUAUACAUUCAGUUUAAAUCUAUGUGACUGAAUCUGUUUUGGUUCAUUUCAGAAUCACUUUGUCUUAAUAAAAUGAUUCUGAUUUUUGUUUUAUUUCAAACUGAACAUAAAAACACCUUUAAAACAUUCACUUUUAUUUAUGGUACAUUUUUGUUUUUAGCUUGUGAAUAGAGGGAUUUUAACUGAUUUUUACUUUUGUUUGAUGAGAAAUUACAGAAUUUGCAAAUGAGUUUCCCAUUUCGUUAUUUUUAAUUUGUGUGCCACAUAACCUUUUCUUUGGAAGCAAAUAAAAUAAAUGUAUUAAAACCAAAGCUGACAAUAGAGCAGAUUUCCUGUUGAAUUAUUGUGAAUUGUUUUAGAAAUUUCUAAAAAUAAAAACAUAAUUUCUGCA